AAAAAAAUAAUCAGCCUACAAUAAUACUUAUGCCAAAAAGACAUUUUAGGCUGUUGUAUUUUGCUUCCUUAUAGAAUCUCAUUUUGAUAAUUCAAGCAUAUCAUCAAGCUGGCUGUGAGUUAGAAUAAGUUAAAAAAAAGUUCAAAUUUCAAACACAAACUUUCAUUUUCGUGUUCCUGCCUGUUAUCGUUUUGCAAAUAGAAUAGAGUUCCUCCUAGAGGUUUGUGAACAGACCACAGAGUGCUGCUCCUCUAAGCAGAAAGAUGACGGCUAAAGAGGUUUCACUUAAAAUGUUACAGACAGACUUUACCUUCAGAGAUGGUGUGGAGAAGAAAAGAUCUGGAAAAAAUCUCCAAAUAAAACAUCUAGCAACUGCAUAUCCUGUAACCUGUAUUUCGGUUAUUACUUGCUCCUUUAUUAUAAUCCUUCUAAUUAUAAUCCUACUCGUUCCGAAAGAGAGAAGCACAAUGCCAGUCUUAGAGUACCCUGUCUGUGCUGCCUGCCCAGAACAAUGGAUUGGGUUUGGAAAUAAGUGUUUUUAUUUUUCCGAUGACACAAGGAAUUGGACACACAGCCAAGCUUUCUGUGCCUCAUUAAAAUCUCAACUUGCUCAGUUUGAAACCCUGGAGGAACUGAAAUUCCUAAAAAGAUACAAAGGCCUUUCUGACCACUGGAUUGGCCUUAGCAGAGAAUCAUCACAUCACAUUUGGAAAUGGACAGACAACACUGAAUAUGAUGCCACGUUUGCCAUCAGAGGAAUUGGGGAAUGUGCCUACUUGAAUGAUAAUGGAGUCAGUAGUGCUAGGCCUUACACAGAGAGGAAAUGGAUUUGUAGCAAGUCAUAUACUGUCAAUAGGUGACAAAUUUCUUCAAGACAUAUUAUAAAUAUGUACAUAUUAUAAAUAGCAUGUUCUUACCUUUUUAAAUAAUCAUAGAUAUAUAGCACAUUUUUUAAAUUUACUAUAUAUCUGUUCAAAUUAGUAUUUUUAUUGCCUUCGGCUAUAACAAAAACAAUUCAAUCAAAAAAUGGACAGAGAAUAUGAAAAAACAUUUCUAUUAAGAAGGCAUACACUCAAUAUCACUAACCAUCAGGGAAAUGCAAAUUAAAACCAGUGAGAUUCCAUGUCACACCAGUCAGAGGGCUAUUAUUAAAAAGUCAACAAACGACAUGUCAGAACGUGGAGGAAAAGGAACCCUUCGGCACUGCUGGCAGGACUGUAAAUUGGUAUAGCCACUGUAGAAAACAAUAUGGAGAAUCCUCAAAAAAAAAAAAAAACCCCAAAAACAAAAAGAGAUUUGCCAUAUGAUCCAGAAUUUAUGAAUUUCUUUUUCUAAAAAGUAUAAAAGCUGUCUCCUUUUGUCAUUUCUUUAGGUCCUAUAUCUAUGAGACCUCCAUAUGCACAAGUUAAAUUUGUUCUUUCUCCCUGCUAA